UUGGGUCUGUCCAAACAGAACGUGAGCCGCUACUAGCUUCAAGCUGUCCGUCUGUAGCAGCGCCUCUCGGUGCUAAAUGGUGUUUUUUUAGCCGCCCGUCCCUUUAAACCAAACUAUUCUGCCGCAGAAUGAGUGAUAACGAUGACAUCGAAGUCGACAGUGACGAAGAAUCACCGAGAUAUCACUCUGUGGCAGACAAACGGGCACACCACAAUGCGCUGGAGCGCAAACGUAGGGACCACAUCAAAGACAGCUUUCACAGCCUCCGGGACUCGGUGCCCGCCCUGCAGGGAGAAAAGGUUGGUAAAGCUCAGCCUCAGUCUACCAAACAGGCGUCUCGAGCUCAAAUCCUAGACAAAGCCACAGAGUACAUCCAAUACAUGAGGCGAAAAAACUACACACACCAGCAGGACAUCGACGACUUGAAGAGGCAGAACGCUCUGCUCGAACAACAAGUGCGCGCUCUGGAGAAGGUGAAGGGCUCGGCCCAGCUCCAGUCCAGCUACUCCUCCUCCGACAGCAGCCUGUACACCAACCCCAAAGGCAGCGCCGUGUCGGCGUUCGACGGCGGCUCGGACUCCAGCUCCGAGUCGGAGCCCGAGGAGCCGCCCAACAGGAAGAAGCUGCGCGUGGAGGCCAGCUAGAGCGCCGACUGAAGUCUGGGAGGGAGGGAGGGAGGCCGAGAGACCCCAACCCUCCUAACCCCUCCCCUCCCUCUCGCUUCCUCCGUCCUCGCCCGCUCUCCUGGGGUCACACCGGAGACUCGUGACCCCGCCGACCUCCGUCAGCAGGAGAGUGGGAAGUACAGACGACCGCCUCGGUCCACCUCGAGAGCUUCAGGGUCCCCCCCUCCUCCUCCUCCUCCCCCCUCGCUUUACUUUCGGCUCCCUCCCUCCUUGAACAUCAUCUACAAUCGUGAACCCAAAAAGAGGCAGCUUGGCUCCUUCAGGACUCGAUGCUUUUUUUUGUACCCUCAGUAAAGCCCCUCCUCCACAGAGGGACGGGGCCAGGUGUACUCUUUUAAGCACUGCUAUAUUAUAUUUUUGUUUUUUGUUUUUUUUUGUUUGUUUUUUUCUUGAUAAAGAAGAAAACCCGUUUAGGACUGACACACACACACGCGCCGCGAUGAAUUGUCCUGAAAACGUUUUCCUUUCUGAAAUAAAGACAGACCGAAACAUUUGUAGCUCACUAUUUUCCAGUGAAGAAUGUGAAGCUGCUCUGAGCAGACGUUAUUGAAGUGAAAACCCCGCCUCAGGCCCACAAGGAUCACAGGCGUUUUUCUGCCCCCCACACACACACAGACACACACACACUCGUUACCACAAAAUUCAAACUGUCAAAAUGAAAUUGAUGUGUCGAAGGAGAAUAUUCCUGAACUCGUAUCGUAUUUUGUCCUUCAGCUUGAGGUAGUGAAUGACUUUAGGUGGCUGAAAACGUCUAAGCAUCUCAUUUUAUAUAUUAUAUGGAAGACAAAAAAAAAAAAAGAAUUUGAUUGGAUGUUUCAAAACUAUGUUAUGCAUUUUGUAGUAAUCACACCAGUCAUGGGGAAAUGCCAAUUUGUCACAUGUAGUUUAAGGGUUUGAAAUACGUAUUGAAUGUCAAUCGGUAGCUCUCGAAUGAAUCCCUGUUGAUGUGUUGUGCUUUACACGGUAAAAAAAAAAAAAAAAAAUCUAUAUAUUGUUGCUGAACCCCCCACCCCACCCCCCCCAUCCCCACGGGAAAAAAAAAGGAGGCAUUCUGUGUCUAGGAAACGUGUGUGUAUGUAUAUUGUUUCCAUUUUAAUUCCAUUUAGGAGGAUAUAAUUAGUGUAGUAGGUCUUUUUUGUCUGAUUCCAUUCCAUGGAAAUUACAAGUAUGUUGUACAUACUGCCAACAAUUGUCUUGCAAGUUGAGGCCUACCUUUACUAUGAAACUAUAAAAUAAACUAUUUUAUCCUUU